AUGAUUAUUCCUAUCCGUUGCUUCUCAUGCGGCAAGGUCACCGGUGAUCUGUGGGAGAGAUACCUGAAGCUGGUCGACGACGGCGCCACGGAUGGUGAGGCCAUGGACCAGCUUGGCUUGAAGCGCUACUGCUGCCGCCGUAUGAUCAUGACCCACGUUGAUCUGAUUGAGAAACUCCUCAAAUACACCCCCGAAGGACGACACGAGAAGAAGGUCACCCUUCACCGUGGCUAA